AAUUCAAUUAUUUAUUUAGAAAAUUUGGUCAUUGAAUUAAUUAUAUAGUAUCGUAUAUUGUCUAAUUGUUCGUUUGUCGAAUCAAACAAACGAACAUUUGUAUUUUAUUUUAGACUUCUACAUCUCAAUUGUGAAAUUCUCUAAAUUCAGAAGUUUGGUUUAGAAGACAAACUAAACAAUUUGAAUUAACGAACGAACGAAACAAUGGGAGUGCCAGCAUUUUUUCGAUGGCUGAGUAGGAAGUAUUCAUCGAUUGUGGUCCAUGCCAAAGAAGAUAAACAGAAAAUAAUUGACGGCGUCCAAGUGCCUAUUGACAUCACUCAACCGAAUCCGAAUAAUGUUGAGUUUGAUAAUCUCUAUUUAGAUAUGAAUGGGAUCAUCCAUCCGUGUUGCCAUCCGGAAAACAAGCCAGCUCCCAAAAAUGAGGAUGAGAUGAUGGUACUAAUCUUUGAAUACAUAGAUCGCUUGAUGGCCAUCGUGAGGCCCCGCAAGUUGUUGUACAUGGCAAUCGACGGGGUCGCUCCUCGUGCCAAGAUGAACCAACAGAGAUCGAGAAGAUUCAGAGCUUCCAAAGAUUCUCGUGAAAACAGAGAGGAAAUUGCAAAAGUUAAAGAGGAGAUGAGAGAGAAAGGAUUAGAAGUACCCGCCGACAAGCCAGCAUCUGAACAUUUUGACAGCAACUGCAUCACACCUGGUACUCCAUUCAUGUCGAGACUGGCUGAUUGUCUCAGAUACUACAUUCACUUACGUAUCAACAACGAUCCGGGAUGGUCUCAGUUGAUGGUCAUUCUGUCAGAUGCAAAUGCGCCUGGAGAAGGAGAGCAUAAGAUUAUGGAUUUCAUCAGAAGACAACGAGCGCAGUCAGACCACGACCCCAACACCCACCAUUGUUUGUGCGGAGCAGAUGCAGAUUUGAUAAUGUUGGGCCUAGCAACUCACGAACCAAACUUCACAAUCAUCAGGGAAGAAUUCAAACCAAAUGCAGAGAGGGCAUGUGAGAUUUGUGGUGGUAGUGGGCACCAGAUGAAAGAAUGCAUGGGCCUCACCAAAGUUAAAAGUGUUUUGAAGCCUGAGGACUUUAACAGAAACUUCCAAGGACAGAGAUUCCAAGCACAGACAGGAUUUGCAAGGGACAGUGGUUACUCACAACACAACAAUAGUCAGGUCCUCAACAGACACAUCAGAGCUAAUCUCGAUCAUUCUAGUCCUAAUCAGGCCUUCAACUACAACUACAAUGACGCCAGAGGUAGUUAUAACAACAACAACAACAAUUAUCGUGGCGGUGGUUAUAACAACAACAAUUAUCGUGGUGGUGGUUAUAACAACAACAACAAUUAUCGUGAUAACAACAACAAUAGAGGUGGAUACUACAACAACAACAACAAUGGUGGCUAUAGCUUCAACAACUACAGAGGUGGUUAUAACAACAAUAAUAAUAACAACGGAGAUGGUAACAACAACAACAGAUAUAGCAGUACCGGAUACGACUACUACAACAACAACAAUAGAUACAACAAUACCGGUUACAACAACAACAAUUAUAGAUUCUCCAGUAAUAGCUAUCCAACAGAUCAGAGAAAUUAUAAUAACAAUAAUAACAACAACAGUAGGCCAAGGUUUAGGAAUGACUACUAGUUGAAGUUUGCAUGGAAGAAUAGUAGAAAUGAGGCUGAUGAUGAUGUAACAUUGUUAUCAUUAUGUCAAUGCUAUUGUUUUUAAUCAUCAUUAUUAUUCUAAUUCUAAGAUAAUUCUAAUUAUUCAUCGUUAUUUUCAUAAGAAUGAACUGUUUUAAUGACUAAUUAACCUCUCAACCAUUAUUUAGAGUUAGGCUAUUUGUGUUGGAGGAACCACUGCACUGUAUUCUUAACAAAUUUAUGUGUGCGUGCGUGCGUGCGUAUGUCAGUCUGUUUUUAUCUCUAUAUCUCUCUAUAUAUGUAUAUUUAUAUAAAUAUAUAUAAUUAUGUAUGAUUCAAAUAUUUCAUUAUAGAUUUUUUUUAAUGUUAAUAAACUCCCUUUUGAAAAAAA